GUUUAGAUUCUAAAUAUCCAAGCCGGUAUGAGUUUUGGUGCGGGUACGGAUCGGAAGGUUUGGGGAAGCGGGUAGUCUACAAUUUACAUAAUCCUAACCCGCCUCGUGCUGAAGAGAGGGAAACCCUAAUCUUUCAUUCGAUCUCUUUUUUCUUUCUUAGGCAAUGCAUGGUAGUUGGAAUUUUCAAGUCUCCAUAGCAGGCCAUCUUGUAACAGCAGCCCGUUAAUAGUUUCUACAUCUCAAGAUCCAACAGCUGGUGGAGGGCAAAGGGCAGCGGUAGUGGCAGCCAACGCCCAAGUCUCGGCGGUGGUCUUCAGAAGAAGUAGAAGUAGAAGGUAGCAGACGAAGAUUAAACCCCAACAGGUUCUGACCUAGAUUGGAGAGUAUGGGUGUGGAAUUGGCAACUGACAGACCUGGAUUCUACGAAAUGGUAGAUGUUGAUGUUAGUGAUUCGGAGCUGGUCUACCAUGUCCGUGAUGCCCUAAAAUCAGUAUCCCAAGGUGAUAGUGAUCAUUAUAACCAGCUGAUUGCGGUUAUGCACUAUACUGGACGUCUUGCUCCUGAUGAGGUGGCAAUGCUUGUGACAAGUUUAAAGGCAUUGUCAGGAUCUAUCUCUUACAUUGACAUCAUUCACCAUGAAUCUCUUCUCUCAUCUAUUUUUGGGAUGAGUAUGUGGAACUAUGGACCUGAUGUAAUGGAUGCAUUAGUUGAACUAAUUAUAUCUUUGGCUGCUUCAAAUGGAAAGUUUGUUGAUUCAUGUUUGGACAUGCUUGUGAGAAACUUCACGCCACCCAAAUCUUACUUAGAUUUACUUGGUCAUCCUCGUGGUCUUGCAAGAAAACAUGAAGUGCUUGAUCGGGUGCAUUCAGCUUUAAGCCACAUAGCUGAUUUGGUUCCUCUUGCCCCCAUGAGGUUAACUCCUAUAAUUCUCCAGAGAAUGCCACACAUGUUUGACAAGGAAACUUUGAUUGUGAUAUAUGUGGAGAGCAUGUUACGGCUGGAGAGCAGUGCACUUGGAGAGUUUGUUGGGAGCACAAUGCUAAUGGCAUUGGUGGACAGGCUUAUAGAUUUAGAUGUGGAGAUAUCUUGGGAUGAUAUUGUACUAGAAGACUCUGGCAAAGGGAUAUUUGACAUGGAACUAGAAGAUGUCGAUGAUAUUAUAGGCUAUGCUGAGAAAGAUGGUUUUGAGCAUCCAAGAGGAACUCUUGGCAGGCAGAGUUUGGGGACCAAUGCAGUUGCUGACAAAUUAGAUAGCUUGAUGGUACUUGCUUGUGAACAUCUUAAAUCAUGUGCUGACGGUGAACGUCUGACAAAGGUGUUCGAAACACUUCUUCAGUCUUUUUGGGUAACCAUCCUGAAUGCAUAUAAGUCAAAGUUUUCCCAAUUUGUAAUGUUCUAUGCCUGCUCGUUGGAUCCUGAACAUUGUGGAGAGAGAUUUGCAGUUUUUCUUGCUGAUAUUUUUGUAUGCAGAACCCAUCCUGCACUUACAAGGAUGAGUGCUGUUGCUUACCUUGCUAGUUAUUUAUCCCGUGGAAAGUUUCUGCCACCCUCCUUGAUUGCCAGCACAUUGAAGAGACUAGUGGAUUGGUGCCUCGAAUAUUGCCAAGUUCAGAAUGGAGAGGAGAAAACUUUAUAUCCGGAAACUCAUAGAGUGUUUUAUUCUGGAUGCCAGGCUAUUAUGUAUGUGCUCUGCUUCCGUAUGAGGUCAAUGAUGGACUCUCACCGUCUGAAAUCACAGCUGCUUCACAUGCCUCUAGAACCCAUAUUUCGCCAUCAAUUGGAUCCAUUGAAGGUGUGUCUUCCCUCCAUUGUGGAGGAAUUCCUCCGUCAGGCAAAAGCUGCUCACCUGUUCACUGUGUCAGAGACGUUUCUGUUUAACAACUUGUUAGAAUCAGAUUUAUCAAAGGCCUUUGGUGGGAUGGAAAGGCUUGACAUGUUCUUCCCAUUUGAUCCAUGCUUAUUAAAAAAAUGUGACAGAUUUAUCCGACCAAGUUUUGUGUAUUGGUCGAUGGUUAAAACUACUUAUGAUGAAGGCGAAGACUGCAGUAGUGAAGAAGAUAUCAAUGAAUAUUUUGAUGGGAAUGGCAAAAGCUACAUGGAUGGUGGCAUCACAAGGAGUCUCGAUGAGCAUGAUCUCGAUCUUGAUGAAUUUGAGUGCCAAUUGAAUAAAAUGUCAAUUACUCCCAGGAAUUCCUUGAAAAAUGGAUUGAUAAAUAAAUUGGAGAACUAUAUGAGAAUGCCUGCCAGAAUUAGACCUUCCACUAGUCCCGAAUCAUUGUGAUAUGCGGGUUGUUUUCCCUUGCUGCAUUCUCGAUAUGGGAAGGGAGGAGGAUAAGCCAGUUUUGUCUGAGUUACGAUACCCGUCUCAUCAAAAGCUUAAGAGAGAGGCUGGGUGGUAAGUUUUCUAAAGUCUCUCAUGCAAGGUUUAUAUUAAUAACCAUGUCAUGUAAUCCCUGGUUUAUUCAAACUCCAGAAUUUUGUCAUAGCGUCAUGUAAAUGAUUGAAUCCGAGUCCGUGUACACUAAGCGCUCGGCAGCUGAUGCUGUUUUAAACUAGAGAUUUGUUGGUCAUUUCAAAGAGUUUUGUUUUCUGUGGCCCGUGGGUUGGUGGCUUGAAGACUUCCAAGGUUUGACGUUUGAGAUGUGGAGAUCCAGAAGCGAAAUUGUAAGGUCUUAAGGCAAUCUGCUGAAUUGGUGCUUUUUGAACUGUGCUGCGUCGGAUGGUUGAAUGCCAGGCAAAAUGGAUUUCUUUGAAACCUUUGGCUGUUACCCUCUCAUGUUUUGGUUGUAAUACUGUAAUAUAUAAUGGUCGAGAUUGGUCGGAAUACUUGUUUAAGGUAAAACGCUAAGAGUGGUAUCAAAUAAAUAGAUGUUCAAAAUGCUUGCAUGUGAUUGAAUUCUAUGCUACGGUC